CAUGUAUACAAAAUUUAAGCUGAAUUUCUCGGAAUGAGUCAAUAUUAGCUCAAUCGCUCUUACUUCGUUGUAUUAAGAUGGGUAAGGGCUCUGUUUGCCUUGUUGGGAAAGAUCUAGAGUGUGAUGAUCGAAUGUAAAUAUGGAGCGUACAUUACGUUUAUUUCAGAUUUUAUUGGUGAUAAUGGAGAACAUCCUCAUACCAUCUCAUUUGAUCAACGCCACCAACGCCGCCGCAGCGACAAUUAGACCGAGUCAGAGAAUCUUAACAUCAAACAAAGUGCCUAGCGAUCAGAAUUCCGUCCAUGCUGAUCGUCGUGAUUUGACUACAUGGGAUCCGCUUUCGAAUAUCCUUUCAAAUGGAAGUGAACUAUAUAAUGCACUUGGAAUAUAUGAGGGGGAUCCUGGAAUGAAAUAUGGUAAGGAAACCAGUAAAUAUUUCCGUACUUUCAAAAAAAAUAUGAAAA